AUGUCAGACAACCCACGAGGCCGGGGCGGCGGUGGCCGCGGGCGUGGUGAUUUCGGCGGCCGCGGCGGCGGCCGUGGCGGAGGAGACGGUGGCCGGGGUGGCCGGGGUGGUGGUGGGGAUAGAGGCGGUGGUAGAGGCGGAGGCUAUCAAGGCGGAGGGGAUAGAGGCGGCGGUAGAGGCGGAGGCUAUCAAGGCGGUGGGGACAGAGGCGGAGGUAGAGGCGGAGGCUAUCAAGGCGGUGGAGAUAGAGGCGGCGGUAGAGGUGGAGGCUAUCAAGGCGGUGGAGGCCAUGGAGGUCAACAACAGAUGUCUUUCCGCGGAGGUCCACCACGUGGCGGGCGUGGCGGUGGAGGAGGGGGACGUGGCGGUGGUGGUGGAGGAGGAGGACCAUCAGCACAAGGCGGCAUUUACCUCGCUGGAGAGCCAAUACCUCCACCGGACGCCAACAUAACUGCAGCGGAAGACGAACUGGUCAAACAGACUCGUGAUCAGAUGUUCAACGACUUUCCAGGUCGGCGUGGCUACGGUACCAAAGGCAGACCCAUCAUCCUGCGCACCAAUUACCUCGUCAUGACCACAGCGUACGAGGAAAACAAGCCCGAGACGCCUCUUUAUCGCUACGAGCUCGAAGUUGGACAGGAGAUCUCUAACCCAAAGAAGCGCCGACUUUUCAAACAACUCAUGCAGAAUCCUUCCCUCGAGGGCAUUCGUUGUGCAACCGACUUCGCGUCCAUUCUCGUCACGACCAAGAAGCUUGAUGAGGUCAAAUUGAAGGCGGACUGGAAGAAAGUGACGCUUUCUACGGAGAACAGCUCUCAGCCGCCACCGCAACAGCAGGGUCAAGCCCCGGAUUUCCUUCGCGAAGCUCGCGAUCGUAACACCUUCGAUGUUGCUGUUAAGUACCAAAACUCCUUCAAUCUCAGCGAGAUGAUUAAAUAUCUUCGCAGCAAAUCUGCGGGAGCGACAUACCAAGGUUCUGCAGAUGUCAUCCAGAUGUUGAACAUCAUCCUCACAAAGCUGCCAAACGAGGACUCCAUGGUCAAGAACGUUGGGCAGAAUAAAUUCUAUCCCUUCGCAAACCACCCAGACAAGGAGGACUACAACCUUCAAGGCGGCUUGGAGGCCCUGCGUGGCUACUUCUCCUCCGUCCGUCCAUCUGUCGGCCGCCUGUUGCUGAACUUGAACGUCACGGCAGGAGCAUUCUUCAAGUCCAUGCCUCUCCUUUCCCUGUUCAACGAGUUUCGUGGCAGCUUGGAUCACUUCGAAGCUUUCAUACGCAUGCUCAAGGUUGAAGCAAGCUACAUCAAAGACGGCCAACAGCAGCCUUUCAUGACGAAGAAGAAGUCGAUUGUGGGAUUUGCGAAGACUGCUUCCAAGAAGGUCGUGGUGAAGCGAUUCGGCAACGCUCGCGAAGUCAAGUUCAGCAUUGUCGACCGGAGCAAGCCAAAAUCCAACCCCAAGGAGACCACAGUCGCGGACUAUUUCAAGACUCAGCACGGAAUCACUUUGAAGCAUCCUGACCGCCCCGUCCUCAACGUUGGAACGCGCGACGACCCACAGUAUCUACCUAUGGAGCUUUGUCACGUCCCUGCUGGUCAACCCUACCGCCGCUUGCUAACUGGACAACAAACGUCCGAGAUGCUCAAGUUCGCUGCACGCUUCCCCAACUUGAACGGGAUGUCCAUUGCAGGAACGGCACAGAAGCCAGGUCCUGGCCUGAGGCUCCUCCGACUGGCCGAUGAUCCGGGUAAGUCGAACCCGCAGGAUCAGUCAAUUACGCCUUUUGGAAUCUCCGUGGGCACGUCGAUGAUCACAGUGCCCGGCAGGAUCCUGGCUGCCCCUCAGCUCAAGUACGGCCAAAAGACCGUUAAUCCUCGAGCUGGAUCCUGGAACUGCGCCGAUCAGAAAUUCAUUAGGCCUGGUAAAUUCAGCAAAUGGCAAGUUCUUAUCAUCAACCGUAAGGGUGACCGAGGCAACGCUUUGGCUGAAGGUGGAUAUAAUGACAUGGCCACUCCACCUCAGCUGGUCGACAAUUUCACCAAGUUCCUGAAAGAUUACGGCAUCCAGAUGGGCACGAGAGACCCAACAAACACGAUUCUGCUGGAUCCUCUCACUGUCCAGAACCGUGAGUUCAACGACGGGAAGCUCAAGGAUGAGUUCCUCAAAGCCGAGAAAAACAGAGUUGACAUCCUGCUGGUCAUCAUACCUGAAGUUGAUAAGUGGCUUUACGCCCGCAUCAAGUUCCAUGGUGAUGUAUCUUAUGGCAUCGGCACUAUCUGCUCAGUUGGAUCAAAGAUUCAAAAGGUCAAUGGCCAGGGCAUGUACUUUGGAAACCUCGCCCUCAAAUUCAACCUGAAAGGCGGCGGUAUCUCCCACAGCGUUGCCAACACCGUCGCGCCUCCCAUCGACAACAAUACCAUGAUUGUUGGUAUUGAUGUUACUCAUCCAUCACCCGGAAGCGCAAAGGGCGCUCCCAGCAUUGCAUGCCUCGUAGCCUCUGUGGAUCCGCAAAUGUUCCAGUGGCCCGGAAGCAUUCGCACGCAAACGGGCAAGAAGGAAAUGGUCGAACCAUUGCAGGCGAUGAUGAUCGAGCGUCUGAAGCUUUGGCAGAAGCGGAACCAGCGUCUCCCGACAAAGAUCGUGGUCUACCGCGAUGGAGUAUCCGAAGGCCAGUACCAGCUUGUGUUGGCCACAGAGCUUCCAUGCUUCGAGAAAGCGUUCGAUCAGCUCUACGGCGCAAAGGCGAAGCACCCCAAGAUCGCCAUUAUUAWCGUCGGCAAGCGUCACCACACUCGGUUUUACCCGACUAAGCCAGAGGACGCUGAUUACAACCCUCAACGCGACAAGGGCUCGUGGAACCCAGUUCCAGGCACCGUCGUCGACCGUGGAAUCACCCACAAGAUCCUGCGCGAAUUCUACCUCCAGGCCCACCAAGGCCUCCAAGGAACCGCACGUCCAGCCCACUACGUGGUUAUCAAGGACGAUAUUUCCUUCGAGGCUGACCAGAUGGAGCAGUUCACGCAUCACUUGUGUUACCUCUUCAACCGCGCCACCAAGGCUGUAUCAAUUUGCCCUCCGGCAUACUACGCAGACUUGCUCUGUGAGCGCGGUAGAUCUUACCUGUUCACCGCAUUGGCUGAGGACAAUACCUCUGAUGGGGGCGAGUACAGUCCUGGCGCGGGCGGCUGGACAAAAGACGUUCACCCGAAAUUGAGGGAGACCACUUGGUAUGUGUAG